GCAACGUGAUAUGUAUCACGCACCUACGUGAUAUUAGUGAUCGUAUGAAACAGUUACGUGAAAAUUGCGAAGAAUUAAAGAAACUUCAAGAAAAUUAAAGAAGAAUAAAGUAAAGUAUAUAAUAAGAUGCGAUAAUUUCAUUAAUCUACAUGGUUCGCGAUGGUGCGAAUUUGUUUUUUGUGCAAGAAGAAAGCAACGAAAAAUGCAAAUUUUACAAUACACGAAUUUCCAAAAGAAGUGAGCAUUCGAGCACAAUGGUUGCAUGCCUGCAAAUUAUCUGAUAAGGACAAUGUGACGCAUGUAUACAUAUGCUCUGAUCAUUUUAUACAGAGUGACUAUAGACAUAGUACGGAACUGCUGGUCCAAAAGAAAUGGUUAUUGAAACCAGAAGCAGUGCCUUCCAUUGGUGUUCUAAAUCCUCCAGCUACCAAACUGCAGUUCCAGUCAACAUUCAAGGAUGUUAUUCAAGAGAAACGUCAUGACAAUGAACAGCAAAAGCUGUAUGCUACUCCAAAGAAACGGAGAUUUGCAGAGCCUCGGUACGUAUCCGAAAUUACAACUUCCGAUUUUUCAUCACCUAAGAGAGCCCGAAGAGUUAUUAAUAUGGUGAACAAAACCUAUAAAGAGAAAUGUAAUUUGAUCCAUAAUCUGCAGAAAACAAAUUGAGCACUGUGUAAACGCAUUACUACUUUAGAGGAAUUGGUAACGCAUUUGCGUAAAGAAGCAUUAAUGUCAGAAGAAGGUGCAGACACUUUAAUGCCACAGAGACAAGCUACAUUGUGCUAGAAUAAUUAAAUAAAAUAGAAUAAACUGACUGAUCAUUUUAUAUUAAGAUUUCAUGCACA